AUGGAAACAAUAACGACAACAUCAAUACGCUUUCUCCUCCUCCUCCUCCUCCUCCUCAUCCUCCUCCUAUUCUUCCUCCUCCUCCUAACUAUUCUUUCAUUUCUUCUCCUUGUUCUUCUUCUUCUUCUUCCUAUUCUUCUUCUUCCUCUUCUUCUUCUCCAACGUCCCGCUGAUCUACUCGCCACAUUGACAUGGUGAGUACACUCAAUCUGGCAGCCCAGUUUUAAACCAUCCGAGGAGCAACUGACCGGAACGGAGAACGGCGCUAGUGGAUCGCGAACUGGCGCGCUACAAGGUCGACAUCAUCGCACUCAGCGAGACUUGGUUCUCCGAAGAAGGCCAACUGGAGGAUGUGGGUGCCGGCUGCACCUGCUUCUGGAGCGGUCACCCCAAAGCCGAAAGAUGAGACGCGGGUGCCGCACUCGUCAUUUGGAACGACAUCGCGGCACAACUGCCCUGUCUAUCGCAAGGUAUUAACGAUCGCUUGAUGGGCCUCCGCCUGCCUCUGCGGGAUGGGGAGGAAAAUUCGCCACCACCGUCAGCGACUGCGCUCCGCCGAUGACCAACCCUGACGCGGCACCAAGGAACAAAUUCCACGAGGACAACGACGACAUCGCCAUCAGCAACCUGCUCGCCGAGAAGAACAACCUACACAAAGCCUACGUCGACCACCCCACCCACGACAACGGAGCUGCCAUCUGCGCAGUCGCCGCCUCCUACAACAGCAAAUGCGCGAGAUGCGGGAUGCCUGGACAGCUUGAAAGGCUGAGCAGAUCCAAUGGUACGCGGACCCCAACGAAUGGAAGAACUUCUUUUCCGCGAUCAAAGAGGUCUGCGGUCCGUCUUCCAAAGGCACUUCUCUUCUCCUCAGCGCCGAUGGCAGUACAAUCCUGACUGAGAAGACACAAAUUCUACAGCUAUGGACCGAACGCUUCCGAGCCGUCCUCAAUCGUCCCUCCACCAUCUUCGACGCCGCCGCCUCUGCUACAGUCAAUGAGGCAUCUCCGGAGCGAACAUCGCCGGGAAGAUCUUCACCCGCAUUCUCCUCAACCGUCUAA